AUUUGGCAGGUAUUUUUCCAUAUAUAAGUGGACAAGUGUAUUGGCGGUGCAUGCAACAAGUUGUAUCUUUAUGUUUGACAAGUGUUAAGGGGUAUUCCAGCUGAUUGGGCCUUUGUGGACUCUUUCGAUAAAUAACAAUCAGUUCAUUAAUGGCGAGCAAAACGACUACAGUUAGAUCUUCACUAACAAUCUUAGUCUCCAUUCUUCUCUUCGUCGGAGCUAUCGUCUCCACACGCUUGCUACACUCUUCCUUUGACAUUUCCUUUGCAAGAUAUUCUCCACGAAAGACAAUAUUAACCCCCAUCAGACGUCACAAUCGCACUGAUACAACCCCAGCCAUCUCAAAAGAGCCCCAAAAGAAAACGGAACUCCUAACAUUCCACAAUCACACUGAUGCAACCCCAGCAGUGCCAAAAAAGCCCCAAAAGAAACUGAAAUUUCAACUAAAUUGUACACUUCGGAACCUCACAAGAACUUGCCCUGCAUCUUACUACCCAUCAAAGUUCACGGAUCAAAAUCAAGCUUCUUCGUCAUCUCCUCCGCCUACGUGUCCAGAUUACUUCCGCUGGAUCUACGAUGACCUAUGGCCUUGGAGAGAAACGGGAAUCACCAAAGAAAUGGUGAAUCGAGCCAGAAGGACAGCAGAUUUUCGGUUGGUGAUAUUGAAUGGAAGAGCAUAUGUAGAAACCUAUCGAAAGGCAUUUCAAAGCAGAGACACAUUUACAUUAUGGGGCAUUUUACAAAUGUUACGAAGGUACCCUGGUAAAGUGCCUGAUUUGGACCUGAUGUUUGACACUGUUGACUGGCCAGUUAUAAAGACGGAAUUCUACCGACGCCCUAAGGCCCCUACUCCUCCGCCUCUGUUCAGAUACUGUGGGAAUGAUACCAGUUUGGAUAUUGUAUUUCCAGAUUGGUCAUUCUGGGGAUGGCCAGAGAUUAAUAUAAAGCCUUGGGAGACUUUGUCAAAGGUCUUAAAGAAAGGAAAUGAGAAGAUAAAAUGGACUGACAGGGAACCAUAUGCGUACUGGAAAGGCAAUCCUAUUGUUGCUGAAACUAGGAUGGAUCUUCUCAAGUGCAAUGUUUCAGAAAAGCAGGACUGGAGUGCACGUGUAUAUGCUCAGAACUGGGUUGAAGAACAGAAGCAAGGUUACCAGCAAUCGGAUUUAGCUAGUCAGUGUAUUCACAGAUACAAGAUUUAUGUAGAAGGAUCUGCAUGGUCUGUGAGUGACAAAUACAUUCUGGCCUGUGAUUCUGUUACGUUGUUUGUAAAACCGCACUACUACGAUUUCUACACCAGAGGUUUGAUGCCGCUGCAACAUUACUGGCCCGUAAAAGAUAAUGACAAAUGCCAAUCUAUCAAGCAUGCUGUUGACUGGGGCAAUACUCAUGAACAAGAGGCACAGGCGAUUGGCAAGGCAGCAAGCGAUUUCAUUCAAGAGCAACUCAAAAUGGAUUACGUGUAUGACUACAUGUUCCAUCUCUUGAGCGAGUACGCAAAGCUCUUGAAAUACAAGCCCACUGUACCACGAAAAGCAGUUGAGCUUUGUUCAGAGGUAAUGGCAUGCCCAGCUGAAGGAGUGGCAAAGAAGUUCAUGUUAGAAUCUAUGGUUGAAGGCCCCUCGGAUGCAAUACCUUGCAACAUGCCACCUCCCUUUGGUCCUGCAGGUCUUCAUUCUAUUCUUGAUAGAAAAGAAAAUUCAAUGAAACAAGUUGAGUCAUGGGAACAACAAUACUGGAAGAAUGAAAACAAGCAACAAUGAGGAUUUCAGUUUUUCUUUUUUCACUCAUCGCCUACACGUACCAUGCGGUAUAUUUUUUUUUUUGAUAGUGUUUGUUGUAUUUAUUACUAUCUAACACUAUGAUGGAGCAUGAACGAUAAAUCUUGGUGUUGGGAAAACAUAUUUGUAUGAGGAAACAAUUCAGGGAUGAACGGUUUUCUUUAUAUAGAUAUUUGUAAUAUAUUCUUUUGCAGUUCUGCGUCGAUUUUAUUGGGAACGCAAUGGUAUCUGCUUUCA